AUGCCCGGCGUCCCCGGAGGACAGGCCGUCGGAGACGCGGAGCCCAAGGGGCCGGAGGAGCUGCGGCCGCUGGGGGCGGGCGCCAGGAGGGUCCGCGCGAAGUACACGUGCAAUCCGGGGUACACGGACGCGACGGACUGCUUCUGCGUACGGUUUUCGCCCGACGACCAGUACCUCGCCGCCUCCUUCUCGAACGGCGCGGUGCACGUGUUCGAUGCGGCGACCGGGAAGCAGGAGUUCGUGCUCAACGCGCCAAGCGAGGCGGAGCAGGGCAAGCUCAGCGCGCCCCUGCCCACCACGCAGCUGCGCUGGCGCCCACACUCCGCGCAGUCCAAGACGAAGAGCGUGCUGAUCUCCGUCAACGCGGAGUUCGACGGCCAGGUCUUGCACUGGCACAUCAAGUCGGGCAAAUGCUUGCACACCAUCACCGAGCGCGGGAACCAGCUGUUCUGCAUCGACUAUUUCAGCGACGGGAGCCAGUUCGCCACCGCUGGUCGCGACCGAAUCGUUCGCAUCUACGACGAGGCCACGAAACGGAUGACGCAGGAGCUGUCAUCAGGGGAUUUGAAGGAGUCCGCAGGGCAUUCCAAUCGGGUCUUCUCGCUCAGUUACCACCCCACCGAUCCGAACAUAUUGAUAUCUGGCGGCUGGGAUAACACGGUGCAGAUGUGGGACGUGCGCCGGGGCCACUCUAUCAGGUCGCUCUGGAAUUGCUACAUAUGCGGGGAUUCAGUGGACUUCUCGAACGAUGGCGCACGCAUCCUGACUGGGUCGUGGCGUCCUGAGGACGCGCUCCAGAUCUGGGAUACGGGCACAGGCAAGGUUAUCGAGACAGUGGACUGGCGCGCCUCCACGGGGCAGACGUCGAUGCUGUUUGGCGCGCAGUUCAGCAAGGACCCGGAGAGCAGCAUGAUCCUCGCAGGGGGGUCCCAAGACAACGAGGCGAAGUUCUUCGAUUGCUCUGGCGGCCAGACAGCAACGCCCUUCGGAGCCCUCGUGAACCUCAGGAAGCCCGUCUUCAGCCUGGACUGGUCGCCCAACUCGAAGCUGGCGGCGAUCGGCUGCGCCGACGGGCAGGUCCGCGUGCUGGAGGUCAUGUGA